AUGGCGGAAACUUGCACCUUAGCGCUACUCGUCGCGCUGGUGGUGCUCUCACUUCUUGUGAGCCCCAUUGCUUGCCAGAGUUCCUCCCGCAAGCUUGCCGCCAAGCCUGUAGUCAAACCCGCUGCUUCGGCCGCCUACGGCUCAGCAGGUGGCUGGUUAGCCGCCGGCGCGACGUAUUACGGAAGCCCCAACGGCGACGGAGGGGAAGGUGGCGCGUGCGGAUACCAAACCGCUGUCGGGCUACCGCCGUUCUCGUCGAUGAUCUCCGCCGGAAGCACACCACUGUUCUUGAAAGGUUUGGGCUGCGGUGCCUGCUAUAAUGUUAUGUGCUCGAGUCACAAGGCCUGCUCUGGCAAGCCUGUGACCGUCGUCAUCACCGACUUGAGCCCCGGCAAUCUCUACCCCGGCGAGCCAGCCCAUUUCGACAUGAGCGGCACCGCCUUGGGCGCCAUGGCCAAGCCUGGCAAGGCCGACCAACUCCGUAACGGUGGUGUCAUCAGAGUCCAGUACAAGAGGGUGCCAUGCAAGUACCCUGGCGUGAAGAUUACCUUCAGGGUGGACCAGGGAUCCAACCCGUUCUACUUCAAGACCCUGAUCGAGUUCCAGAACGGCGACGGUGACCUCAAGGCCGUCGCCCUCAAGCAGGCCGGCAGCCGCUCCUGGAUGCCCAUGGCGCAUGACUGGGGUGCAUUGUGGCGCUGCAACAAUGGCCAGAGGCUGCGCGGGCCCUUCUCGCUCCAGCUCACCUCCGGCUCCGGGAGGAAGCUCCUCGUCAACAACGUCAUCCCUGCCAACUGGAGUCCCGGGGGCACGUACCGCUCCUUGGUCAACUACCCCUGA